CUGACCGCGGCACGGCCAUGCCAUUGCCAUGCGCGAGGCAAUCGCUCCUGCACCACCUUCCACGCACCCGGCGCUGCGCCACUGCGUCGCGCUCCUCCGCCUCCACCUGCAGUCUCCCUCCGUCUCUGCCGCCAAGCAGAUCCACGCGCGCGCGCUCCGUGCGGCUGGCGUGCCCCUCUCCCACCCUCUCCUCGCCAAGCACCUCCUCUUCCACCUAGCUUCUCUCCGCGCCGGCGCUCCCCCGCUCCUCUACGCCGUUGCCGUCCUCUCCCGCCUCCUCCCCGACCCGGACCCUUUCUCCCUCAACACCGUCCUCCGCAUCGCCGCGUCCUCGGCGCGCCCACGCCUCGCGCUCGCGCUCCACCGCCGCCGCCUCGCGCCGCCCGACACGCACACCUACCCGCCGCUCCUCCAGGCCUGCACACGCCUCCUUGCCCUUCGCGAAGGCGAAAGCCUCCACGCCGAGGCCUCCAAGAACGGCCUGGUGGCGCUCGUCUUCGUCAAGAACUCGCUCGUCCACCACUAUGGCGCGUGCGGCCUCUUUGAGAGCGCCCACAGGGUGUUCGACGAAAUACCGGUGCUGGAGCGGAACCUCGUCUCAUGGAACUCCGUCAUGAACGGGUUCGCGGCCAAUGGGAGGCCCAACGAGGUACUGACAAUCUUCCGGGAGACGUUCGAGGUGGACCUCAUGCCGGAUGGAUUCACCAUUGUGAGUGUUUUGAAUGCGUGUGCGGAGAUCGGGGCGUUUGCUCUCGGGAGGAGGGUGCAUGUGUUCACGUCGAAGGUUGGGUUAGUAGGGAACAGACAUGUUGGGAACGCGCUGAUUGACCUGUAUGCCAAGUGCGGCGGAGUUGAGGAUGCAAGGAAGGUGUUUGAGGAGAUGGGGGUGGGAAGGACCGUCGUCUCAUGGACGUCACUGAUCGUGGGUUUGGCAGGGAAUGGGUUUGGGAAGGAUGCACUCGAGCUGUUUGGUCUGAUGGAGGGGGAGAAGCUUAUCCCUACUGAUAUCACUAUGGUGGGAGUGCUGUAUGCUUGUAGCCACUGCGGGUGGGUCGACGAUGGGUUUCGAUAUUUCAAUGAGAUGAAGGACAAGUACGGCAUAGCACCAAAGAUUGAACAUCUUGGAUGUAUGGUGGAUCUGCUGGGGAGAGCUGGAAGAGUUGAGGAAGCACACAAUUAUAUCAGCACGAUGCCACUGGAGCCCAAUGCUGUUGUGUGGCGGACAUUGCUAGGUGCUUGUGCUAUGCACAAGAAGCUGGAACUUGGGGAGGCUGCUUGGGCCCGGCUGGUUGAGCUUGACCCUGGGCACAGCGGCGACUAUGUCCUCCUCUCAAAUCUGUAUGCUGCUGUUGGGAGGUGGGCAGAUGUCCAUGUCCUUAGGAAGACAAUGGUCACGCGUGGAGUGAGGAAAAACCCAGGGCAUAGCCUUGUGGAGCUCCGCAACUCGGUCUAUGAGUUUGUUAUGGGCGAUAGAUCACAUCCUGAGAGUGAUCAGAUAUACCAAAUGCUUGCCGAGAUAGCAGAGAGAUUGAGGCGCCAAGGUUACGACCCCCGCACAAGCAAUGUAUUGGCAGAUAUAGAGGAGGAAGAGAAAGAGGCUGCAUUAAACUACCAUAGCGAGAGGCUGGCCAUUGCCUUUGCCUUGCUGAAGUGUCUUCCUGGUACUCCUAUCAGGAUAGUGAAGAACUUGAGGGUGUGUGGAGACUGCCAUUUGGUAAUUAAGCUAAUAUCUAAGGUAUAUGACCGUGAAAUCAUUGUUAGGGAUCGCAGUAGGUUCCACCAUUUCAAAGGUGGAGAAUGUUCAUGUAAAGAUUAUUGGUAGUUGAUUCAUGUACGGACUGACAGUGAUGAAUGCAUGGUUUAUGAGGUUCCAUGCCCUAUAAUCAGGGGAAUGCUGGUGACUUAUGGUUGCAGAACAGUUCUAUAGAACUUCAUUUGUCGACACCUCAUGUUUUGACUCAACCACAACAUCUGGUUUCUGUUGCACAGGACUACUGCAGCGAAAGCAUUGGGGCAACCUCAUCUAUUACAGGUCGCUGCAAUCUCAGUCUUGGUCUAACUCGCUAAAUGUGUAGUGGAAAAAAUAAGCUUCAGGACAUGGCACAUCAAAAAGCAAGGUUGAAGCUGGAUACUGCCAUCUCCAUUCUAUUGUUGGAAAUAUUAUGAUGUAAAUUUCUGAGUCCUGGUUGUACAACAAGUUCUGUAGAAGUUCA